AUGUCGAAGAAGAUUGUUCUGAAAAGCUCAGAUGGUGAGAUCUUCGAGGUUGAAGAAGCGGUGGCUCUUCAGUCGCAGACAAUAACUCACAUGAUCGAAGACAACUGCGCCGAAAACGAAAUCCCUCUCGCCAACAUCACUGGAGAUAUCCUCUCCAAAGUGAUCGAGUACUGCAAGAAACACGCCGUCGUUGUCCCCAAUAGUGCUGGUGGUUCGACUGAAGAGAAGCUCAAGGAGUGGGACACUAUAUUUAUGAAUGAUAUUGAUCAAUCGACGCUCAUUUAUCUUAUCUUAGCUGCUAAUUUUUUAAACAUCAAGAAUCUUCUUGCUCUUACUUGUCAAACUGUCGCUGAUAUGAUCAAAGGUAAAACUCCAGAAGAGAUUCGCAGAUUCUUCAACAUAGAGAACGAUUUCACUCCCGAAGAAGAAGCAAAGAUCCGCCAAGAAAAUGCAUGGGCUUUUGAUAUGUAG